AUGGUGGUCGAACUGGAAACUGGGACUGUUCCUGUUGGCCCUGAUGUGUUUUCGGGCAUGGGUUGGGAACUAACUAUAGCCGCAAACCCUGUCGAAUCGGAUCCACAAGCAACUUUGUUCGAUAACAAAAUUGUAAAAAUGAUCAACAUGAUGUUUUUAUUGAUUUUGUUUUCAACUACUGUUACAAGCCAUAGAGUAGAUGGCAAUGAUAUUACGAUGAAAGAAGAUUUUGAGUUAGAGAGACACUUAAAGCUUAUAAAUAAGCCUCCUAUCAAGAGUAUUCAGACAGAUUUUGGAUACAUAGUUGAUUGUGUUGAUAUUAAAAAACAACCUGCUUUUGAUCAUCCUUUAUUAAAGAAUCAUAAAUUACAGACAAGACCAAGUUUUUAUUCAGAAAAAGAAAAUAAAAGUAUAAAUAUUUCACCAAAUGAAAAAAACAUUGGACUUCACAAAGUCACUUGUCCUAAAGGAUUUGUUCCGAUUCGAAGAACAACAAAAGAAGAUCUCAUUCGUAAUAAAUCUCUAUGGAAUAAUAGUAAUAUUUUAGUCAAGCGCGCUGUCCACAAAGCAGAAGUAUAUCUCAAACAUGGUCAAAAUUAUUAUGGAAUAUUUGGAACUGUUAGUGUUUAUAAUCCAUUGUGUAGUAAAAGUCAAGCUAGUUCAACCCGCGUAUACGUUAGAAAUGGAUUUGCAGGCGCAAUGAAUGAAAUUGUUGUUGGAUGGCAGGUAUUUCCCGAUGUAUAUGGUAAUGAUCGGACAUAUUCUUUCGCUUCAUGGACAUCGGAUAAUUUUCAAAAGACGGGAUGCUACAAUUUAGAAUGUCCAGGUUUUGUUCAAAUCAACCGUGAGUAUCACAUUGGUGCAAUUGUGCCAAAAACAUCUGAUUACAAUGGAAACAUUGUUGAGAUGCCAAUUACUAUUGUUCAAGAUGAGAGAUCUAAAAAUUGGUGGAUUUCCAUUUUCGGUAAGGUAGUUGGAUAUUAUCCACAAGCUUUAUUCAACAACUUGAAAGAAGCUAAUCAAGUGGGAUGGGGUGGUGCGACAAUAGCCGUCAAUUUCCCUAGCCCUCAAAUGGGAUCUGGACAUGUCCCUGAUCAGAACUAUAAACAUACAUGCUAUUUUAAAAAUAUUGGAGUUAAAAAUAGAACUAAUUCAAUAUAUUAUGGACCUGAGAAUUCUGAGAUAGGAAUUUACAAUGAUGCGCCUAAUUGCUUUAUGGUUGACUACUAUGCAAAACGAAACCCACAGUAUGGAUAUUCUCUUCAAUUUGGAGGACCUGGUGGCAGCUGUAUCACAUAAUUUAUAUUUUAAAUAAAUUAAAGGUGUAAUAUCAUCAUAUAUUAAAA